AUGUACAGAAUUGGAGUGGCAUUUAUUUAAGGAGAAAACAGUUUAUACAAAGAUGAGGAUAUUUGCAGAAGCAUGGUUUUUGGUCUUCUUAACCAUUUUAUUAUCUUCAGGGAAAAUGACUCACUCUGUCUCCUAUGAUUAUUUUGCAACAACAGAGUGUUUGAUAGAGCCUAAAAAAGCUCAAUAUGGAGGAGGAAUAAUAGCUAAUCCAGAAUUUAACUAUAGCAUGGAAGGAUGGAAUGUGUUUGGCAAAGGAGAAAUCAAACAAGGAAUUUCAGAAAAUGGAAAUAAAUAUAUAAUUGCACAUAAAAGAACACAAUCACUAGACAGUGUGUCACAAAAGGUUCAAUUUCAAGGACAACUCUAUACUUUCUCUGCUUGGAUUCAAAUCAACAAAGGAAGUGAAAAUGUAGCCGUUAUUUUCAAAACUGAGAAUGGUGCACUAAUUCGUGCGGGUAGAGUUAUAGCUAAGAAUGGUUGCUGGUCAUUGCUUAAAGGUGGUGUAUUUGCAAAUUUUUCUAGCCAACCUGUUGAGAUAUUGUUUGAGAGCAAGAACAUAAAUGUGGAAUUAUGGGUUGAUAAUGUCUCAUUACAACCUUUUACUAUGGAGCAAUGGAGAUCCCACCAAGAUGAAAGCAUUAAUAAGGAAAGAAAAAGCAAAGUGAAAUUUAAAGUUACUUAUGCAAAUAAAUCAGCAAUUAAAGGCGCUAAAGUAUCAAUACAACAAACACAAACAACCUUUCCAUUUGGAUGUGGCAUGAACCAUUACAUAGUUGAAAACAAAGAUUAUCAGAAAUGGUUUGCUUCAAGAUUCAAAUACACAACUUUCACUAAUGAAAUGAAAUGGUAUACCAAUGAGAAAAAACAAGGUAUAGAAAAUUAUACAGUUUCAGAUUCUAUGGUAAAAUUCACCAAACAAAAUGGAAUCCGCAUCCGGGGCCAUAAUAUUUUCUGGGACGACCCGAAGUAUCAGCCCGAUUGGGUCCCUGAUCUUUCUCCCGACGAUUUACGAGAAGCUGCAGCGAAACGGAUAAAUUCCGUAGUCUCGAGAUAUACAGGACAACUUAUAGCUUGGGAUGUAAUGAAUGAGAAUCUGCAUUUCAGGUUUUAUGAGGAUAAGCUUGGAGAAAAUGCUUCUUCUGAGUAUUUUUCAGUUGCUCAUAAGCUUGAUCCGAGUACAAGAUUGUUCAUGAAUGAGUACAAUACUAUUGAAAAUUGUGAGGAUGAAAAUUCAAAUCCUGCUAAUUAUUUGACGAAACUCGAAGAGAUCUUGUCGUAUCCUGGAAAUGAGGGAAUUUUAGCAGGAAUUGGUGUUCAAGGCCAUUUUGGUUCUGAAGAACCAAAUCUUGCUUACAUGAGAGCUGCUUUGGACAUUUUAGCUUCCUCAGGAUUGCCAAUUUGGCUUACAGAAGUUGAUGUUGGCAGAGGCCCAUGUCAGGCAGAGUAUUUGGAACAAGUACUAAGAGAAGGCUAUGCACACCCUGCAGUUGAAGGAAUAAUAAUGUUUGUCGGACCAGCAGUCGCAGGUUUCAACGUGACAACGUUAGCAGACGGAGAUUUUAAGAAUACUGAAUCCGGGGUUGUUGUUGAUAAGCUGAUUGAUGAAUGGAAAUCUCAGACAGCAGAAAUUAUAACAGACAGUGAAGGAUCAUUUGAAGUUUCAUUGUUUCAUGGAGAAUAUAACUUAACAGUUAAAGACUUCGUAACUAAUUCGUCAACUAGUUUGAUUUAUAAGCUGACAAAAGAAGAUAAGAGUUCAGGCAUUGUUCAAUUUCAUAUCAAUGCCUGAAAUUAAUAGCCAUUAACGAAUCAUCUUCAUUUGCUAAUUAAAUUUGUUACUAAAAGAAAAAAAAAUGUGACAAUUUAAAUGGCAAGAUGUAAAGAUUUUUCCAGUGUGUAUAUGUAGCACGGAAAUCAAUUGCUAUCAGAAGGAAAAAUAAUAAUUGAUUAUGUAAUCUUUUAGACGGCAAGAUGUAUAGACUUUUCCGGUA